AUGUAUGCAAAAUAUUACCGAAUAAGGUACGAAGAACUUCAGGAUCAUGUGCAAAACAUAUUGCCCGAGCUUGAUGAGGGGGAAGAGCAUUUCGACUUGGAGGAUGAUAGCAAUGCCGGCAAUGAUGACAGUUCCAACCCGAACGAUAUUGGCGCUGGUGGUCUGAUUGGUAUCAAUACAGAAGAGUCCUACGCUGAAAGUGAAUUAAUUAUUGAAGAGGACGACAUUCGCAAUGAUGAGCAAGAAGAGGGUGCAACAUUCGAAGCAGAUUUCGAGGAUGAUUUUGAUUCAGGCGAACCGCCCAUUCCCCAACGACAUGAUGCGUUGAUCGCUAAAGAUCAAACUGCAUGGCUUAAGAACUUUCCUAGCCAAGCUGUUCGAGUAAGUAGCCAUAAUGUAUUUCGGGGCACUGUUGUGGGUCCAACUCGGGCUACCCAGGGUCUAAUUGAGUGUGACGUCUUUGAGUUGAUAUUCACUCCAUCAAUGCUUCAACAAAUUCUAGUAGAUACGAAUGAAAAAGCACGGAAAGCCUAUGAGAUUUGGAACGAGAAAAACUGCACUGGAGAUAAAAGAAUCUGGGAGAAAUUAACCUUAAUUGAACUAAGAGCAUUUAUAGGUCUUGUGUUACUAGCAGGUGUAAAUAAAUCAAAUGACGAAGAUGUAGAUGUGCUAUGGGGCCAAGAAUGCAUUUGCUUUUAUCGAGCAGUAAUGCCUAAGUCACGCUUCAAAGAAAUUGUUCGAUUCAUUAGAUUUGACAGCGAGCGUACAAGAGCAGUUAGGCUAGAAGCCAAUAAGGCUGCUCCAAUAUCUGAGUUGUGGACACAAAUGAACGCAAAUCUGCGCAAAUAUUACCAACCAUCUGGAGAAAUUACUGCGGAUGAACAAUUAUUUGCUUAUCGCGGUCGAACUAGGUUUACUCAGUACAUACCCUCUAAGCCUGCCAAGUAUGGGAUAAAGGUUUGGUUUGCAUGCGAUGCUAAGUCGUUCUAUCCACUCAAAAGUGAAAUAUAUACUGGAAAAAACUCAAAUGCUGGUCGAGCAAAUAACGUAGGUGAAGGUGUUGUGCAAAGGUUAGUAUGCCAUUGGGAGAACACCGGAAGGACUAUUAUUUGUGACAAUUUUUUUACAUCGCUAAACUUAGGCAAGUAUUUAAUGUCCAAAGGUCUAGCUAUUCUUGGUACUGUUCGUCAAAAUAAAACGUUUGUACCAUAUGAAAUGAAGGCUGACCGCAAUCGUGCUGAAGAAUCUUUCAUUUUCGGGUUUCUCGAUGGAAAGUUUUCUUUGGUAUCUUAUGUUCAAAAAAGAGGCAUAUCAGUUAUAAUACUUGCCAGCACACCUUUGACAAAUUCAAUUGUAGCUGAAAAGAAAAACAAGCCGCAAUACAUCCUUGAUUACGAUGUAAACAAAGGAGGCGUCGACGCAAUGGAUAAAAUGCUUUCUGCAUAUUCAACGAAACGCAAAACAUUGCGUCGGCCCUUGGCCAUGUUUUAUAACAUGCUGGACAUAAGUUCACUUGCAUCAUUCAUCAUUUACUCGGAAAACAAUCCAUAUAACCGUCGCACAGACGUGCGACGAAAGUUCUUGCGGAGCUUGUCUAAGCAGCUUUUUAUGCCAGCAAUUGAACAGCGCUCUCAAGUUCCCCGGGUGCUGGGAUUCCAUCAAACACGUAAAGCUAUCGAAAUUGCACUGGAUCGAUCCCUUUCAGCUACAUCUAAUGUUGAUUCAUCUAUUUACCUGAUAUUUCCAACGAUAAACAACCAAAAUAUCCUGUACCUUGUCAAUACUGUGAAAUAG